UAGCUUCAAGUAGCGAAACGACCGCCUCGAAAAACGGAAGCGUGUGGCAAAGUGUGGGGAUCAGCAGACCGCAUUGCAUUGCAGAGGAUUUUCUUUCUUUAAAAUUUAUACAGCCGGGUCGAUUAUUAUUUUCUUCGACUCUUCUGUUUUUCAGCUGAUCGUUUCUUUAACGAGGCGAGCUUGGGAUCGGCUUCAUUCUUCAAGACAUUCUUGCGUUGUGUAAGACUGCGUACAUCGACAUCUGAAGCUUGUGAAUUUCGUCCCUUUGUCGGCGUGUGUGUGUGUGUGUGUAAGUAUCGGAACCCAACGGGCUUUGCAGUGCUAGAAGGUCGGACCGCUCAACACCAACUAUUCCGUGAUCCAUUUAUUAUAUCGACGGGGGAAGACAAUUUUUCAGUCGCCACUUUUUUAUUUAUUUCAAUAAUAAAAUAUGGAAUGGACCCAACUGGAUUUAUAGGGGCCGUCCCAACUCGAUCGCAGCAAGAUAAGGAUUUUUGAGGACAGACAACUGUUUUUUACCCCACUCGAUGUCUUUCUAAAGACUUACUACCGAAGCUGGAACACAACGUUCACACGAUGAAGCGAGCUCAGAGGGAUGCCUCGACUCACCGUCGACUGAUAGAGAAAAGGAGUCGAGAGAGAAUCGGUCAGAGCCUGAAAGAGCUGAAGAGACUCUUGCCAAACUUCAGACAGCAAGGAUCGAAGACCGGUGAGCAGAUGGACCUUCUCCAGUCGGCCGUGGAUUACCUCAAGACGUGUCAGACAACUACGGCAUCAGGCCAGCAAUCAUGGACUCUCGAAACGACCAAACCCACACCAUCGUCAGAGGGACCUUUACCGAGUUUGUUCAACCCACCUGCCCCGGUGGACGCCAUGUUUGACGGGUUCCAAGACUGCAUGGAGGAGACGAUCCGCUAUCUCGUGCAAGUUGAGGGUUUCCCUCCCAACCAUGACAUCAUCAUCCGCCUGAGGGCGCACCUCAUCCAGUCACAGAGCAAACUGGACCUGAACAAUCAACUGCGAGCACGACGCGGCGGCAGGCUGGCACUGGAGCAGUAUUACAGCCUGCAACAACAACAGCGCCUCCACCAGGCCAACGUUGGUUUCACGUCACACCACGGAGCGUCAAAUUCGACGCAGACGUCACCGCAGCUUGCGCACACCAAUGCGUGCGCCGCCUACCCGCCAGGCUCCGCCCUAUUGGCUAGAAACGGUGCCACCCAGGAUGCAUUGAACACAAAGACCAAUCAAACUCAGGGAAGCACAUCUUCCCAACUGUCCCUCGGCGUGAUGGCGCCCCUUACGGUGGACACCAACCAGUAUUAUGCCAUGCCCUCUCCCUUGUCUCACUGCUUAACGGAGAGCACUCUUACCGGACAUAACUCGACAGAGUCCCUCCUAACCAUAGCGAGAACUGUACCCACAAACUCUGGGGCGCUGUUCAGUUCCCCUGGGCGUGGGCUCACUACAGUAACCUGCAGUGCCAGCAGUACCAUUGGGAGAACAGCCAGCCGUGGUGUGGUUAUGACAACGAACUCAUCACAAGGCCCCAGUACUCAGAGUAUAGCGCCCUCAGUGGCCACCAAUGUCUCAGGAUCACACCUUGGUUUUAAUUUGAACUAUGUGGCACCUUAUCUGGUUGCUUUUGUCAGGCCAGCCGCCCAGUAAACUGUAUAGCAAUUUUUAGCAAUUUUUACCUUUUACUGAAAACCUUGGAGUCAGACAAUCACUUUCAUGGGUUGAACUGCCAACCGAAUCAACAGUUGAAAAUGGCGCCCAAACCAAUGUGAAACUAAGAAAAACUCAGUAAAGGACAUCAAAAUAACAGUACACUAUAGCUACAUAUGGUCGCAUACAAUAAGCACCAAUGUUUACAUUUCGUUUUUAUUUUAUUUUAUAGUUUUAAGCAAAAAAAAAUCAAACAAAAUUGUUUGUCAUCUUGAGGUGUUCUGUGGAAAUUAUAUUGUUUACUCUUGUAUGCAAUGUGGACGCUGUAUAUGACCGUCCACCUGGUGAAGUAAUGAGUUCCCCUCAUUAUGGUGUUUGGAAGUUCAACACCGUUGAAGAAAGAAAUAUUUCAUCAUUGCAACCAUCUCAUCGCAUGGAGGAAGUUUUUCUGUUUCACGAGGCAACUUUGAGGCAACCAACUACACUGGAUGCUACAGUAGCAUAUGAGUAAUUUCUCAAACAAUUUCUUACGAUUCUCAAGAAAAAUUCUGUGAACAUUCAAAUGUGAAUGGAUUCUGUUCUUGGAGAUUGCCUGGAACUGAUUGCCUGUAAAUUUGCCUCGUUUAUAGACUUGGCCGUGGAUUGUAAAACACAUGUUCAAUAUUAUGUAACUUGUGUCGACAGAGGGCGGAAUUUGAGUACUCCAAAAUAUUCUACAGCAACCUCCAAUAAUGGACACUAUAGGUGCGUUCGUUUAGCUUCCCUGGGUCAACCCCUGUCUGACCCAGGUGCGUUCGAAUAGCUUUGACG